CCCCCCCCACCACCGGGAGCGCGCGUCAGGAACGGGAACGCGCCCGCCCGCCUCAGCCGCCGAUACACGACAUCCUAACCGGUCGGCCACACCUGAUCACAAAGAAACGUUGCUCUCUCUCUGAUUUUCAGUUGUACCUUUUAAGAUAAAGACCCCAUCUUUGUUAAAUGACCUUUUCCCCAUUCUCUUAAUAAUUGGCGCCCCAAAGUGAACUUUUUAAACAUGUUUAACCUAAUUAAAAAAGACAAAGACAAAAAGGAAAAGAAAGACAAAAAGGAAAAGCGGGAGAAAAUGUCUGCAUCGGAAUUGAAAAGCCUCGAGGAAGUUGGCCUUCGUAGAGGACUCUUUAAUUUGAGUCGAUCUUCAAAGCGGGAAUCGAAGGCCAAACUGGAAAUCUCUGCCCCAAUCCCAAUAAAAGUGGCCAGCAGUUCUGAUCUCAAUCUCACUGACAUUGAUUCAGACUCAGUUAGUAAUCGGGGAAGCAUGAUUUUUGAUUCUGAACAGUUGAGUACGGCCAGUUCUAGUGAUGACCUCAAAAUAGAUGACAGCAGUUUGAAGGGAUCGGUACUACAGCGAGCAGCUUUAUUUGGCUCUCUGGCUAAACAGAAUUCAGUCCAGUUAGUUAAAAGAUUCUCUUUUUCGCACAAGAAUCGAGAAGAAACGACGUCAGAAAUAUCAACUCCAUCGGAAAACUCUGCAACUCCUUCACCGCAGGUCGAGAUGAGGAAUGAAAACCUACUUCUUGAGUACCUGGAAGAAAUGCCAGGGAAUGCAUCAAGUGCAGCGUUAAUGGAAGGUCCCGAUAUUCACCUUCCUGAGGUUGUAGAUAAAAUCUUUGCUGCUGAUUUGAGAUUGCCCCCCGUGGUACCACCUUUGCCGACAGAGCCUCGAGAACUCGUCCUGCAGAGAAGAAACACGGGAGACUUUGGUUUCUCUUUGCGGAGAACCACCAUGCUGGACAGGGGCCCCGAUGGACAAGUGUACCGCAGGAUGGUUCAUUUUGCAGAGCCUGGAGCUGGCACCAAAGACCUGGCCUUGGGUCUGGUGCCUGGCGACAGACUGGUGGAAAUUAACGGCAAAAACGUUGAAAAUAAAUCACGGGACGAGAUAGUGGAGAUGAUCCGUCAGUCUGGAGACACCGUGAGAUUGAAAGUGCAGCCGAUACCCGAGUUGAACGAACUCAGUCGAUCUUGGUUGCGAACCCACAAAGGGAUUCGUCGAGAUGCUUUUAGUCUGGAACCUGUGGUCUCACCGACACAGAGCCUUGAUCCCAAGACCCACUCCGAUGAUCUGGUGCAGGCAGGUGUCUGGGCUGGUGUUUGUGCCCGUGUAUCAUGCUGGACUAGGGUGGAAGAAGUGCCAGCAGCUAUACUCCAGUCUCCCUCAGCAUCUACCUCAACCCAGCCCCAGGUGAAGACGGAGGAGCAGAUUGCUGCAGAGCAGGCAUGGUUUGAAGCAGAUAAGGUGUGGCUGGUCCAUAAAGAUGGCUUUUCACUGGCUACUUGUUUAAAAACUGAUGCUGCAGCCUCCAAACUCCCAGAAGGUAAAGUGAAAAUUAAACUGGAUCAUGAUGGGACAAUUCUGGAUGUGGAUGAAGAUGAUGUGGAAAAGGCCAAUCCACCAAGCUAUGACCGAGUGGAAGAUUUUGCAUCCUUGUUGUAUCUCAAUGAAUCGAGUGUUCUGCACACAAUACGCCAACGGUAUGGAGGUAACCUAACCCACACGUACACCGGGGCCAACAUGGUCGUUGUCAAUCCGCUCAGCUCACCGUCAAUGUACUCCGAGAAGGUUAUGCACAUGUUUAAAGGAUGUCGCAGAGAGGACACAUCCCCGCAUGUCUACGCUGUUGCACAAGCUGCCUACAGAAACCUUCUCACCACCAGGCAGGACCAAUCCAUCGUUCUUCUGGGCAGAAGUGGCAGUGGAAAAACGACAAACAGUCAACAUCUCGUUCAGUAUCUGGUUACAAUUGCUGGGAGCACAGGGAAAAUUGUGACUGUGGAGAAAUGGCAGGCAGUGUGUUCAGUUUUGGAAGCCUUCGGCAACAGCUCGACAAGUAUGAACAGCAACGCCACCCGCUUCUCGGAGAUUGUCUCACUUGACUUUGAUCAGGCUGGACAGGUGGCUUCGGCCUCUGUACAGACUAUGCUUCUGGAGAAGGUCAGGGUAUCCAAGCAUCCUGGGACCGAGGGCACAUUUAAUGUGUUCUACUAUCUCAUGGCCGGUGCUGACAAUACUCUAAGAACAGAGCUACACUUGAAUCAUAUUGCAGGAAACAAUGCUUUUGAAAUUGCACCUUUAACAAAGCCCGAAGAAAAGCAAAAGGCAGCCCAGCAAUUUAACAAACUUCAGGCUGCGCUGAAGAUGCUCGGGGUUUCAAAUGAAGAACAGAAAGCGCUUUGGCACAUCCUAAGUGCCAUCUAUCACUUGGGGGCAGCAGGUGCCACGAAAGGUAGAGUGUGUGGAAUUGAAUUGGAUACUUUAUGGUCAAAUGUGGCAAGUCACAGUGAAAUUCUUUGUUUGCCCACCCACUGUAUGCAAACAGUCGCUAUGGUUUCAGAAGAGCAGUGGGGAAAAGAGACUUAUCCUUGGGCUGUAACCUGGAGGAAUUAUCCUCCGGGGGGAGGGGGGGGGGGGGGACAGGGAGAUGGCUCAGGGCCCAAGAUAACCGCAAUGGAAUGUCUCGAAGCAAUGGCGUCCAGUUUAUAUGGAGAGAUGUUUACAGUGCUAAUCUCACUCAUUAAUAGGGCUCUCAAGUCCUCUCAGCAUUCACUUUGUUCCAUAAUGGUAGUGGACACCCCUGGAUUCCAGAACCCAAAAGCCACUUCAUCUGAAAGAGCUGCCACUUUUGAGGAACUCUGCCAGAAUUAUGCCCAGGAGCGCUUACAGAUGCUCUUCUACGAGCGGACAUAUUUGAAAGAGCUUGAUCGGUAUAAGGAGGAAGACAUAGACCUUGACUUAGAUGAAGUAGAAUCCAGCUGCCCUUUUUCUGUGGAUGCCGUAGAUCAAACUUGUCAUCAAGCACUGGUGCGAACGUUGGCUCGGACAGAUGAAGCAAGAGGACUGCUUUGGCUGCUGGAGGAAGAAGCGCUGAAACCCGAUGGAAGUGAAGACACCCUUUUAGAGCGACUCUUCACAUACUACGGCCAACAAGACGGAGACAAGAAUGGCCAAGGCUCAUUACUGAAAGGCAACAAGCGUCACCAUUUCAUCCUUGGUCAUUGCUCGAAUACUAACUGGGUGGAGUAUGACACAACAGGCUGGUUGAAUUAUGCAAAGCACAACCCUGCCACUCAAAACGCUGCCGCCCUACUUCAGGAUUCUCAGAAGAAAAUGAUAAGCAAUCUGUUCAUGGGGCGAGCAGGGACUGUGUUGUCUGGUUCAAUUGCUGGCCUGGAGGGUGGAUCCCAGCUUACGUUGAGAAGGGCUACAAGCAUGAGAAAGACUUUCACCACUGGUGUAGCUUCAGUGAAAAAGAAAUCAACAUGCAUCCAUAUUAAACUCCAAGUGGAUGCCCUUCUAGACACGGUGAAAAAGUCCAAGAUUCAUUUCGUCCACUGUUUGUUGCCUAAAACUGAUGCUUUUACUGAAACCAAAGUGUCUCCCACUUCGUCGCUGAAGUCUGGAAUCAUAGAAACUGAUGUGCAAGCAGAAAACUUUGAAGCAGGUCUAAUGCAGCUGGACGUACCUCUUCUUCGGGCCCAGAUUAGGGGCUGCAAACUGCUUGAUGCCCUCCGGAUAUACAGACAAGGCUACCCGGAUCACAUGGUCUUUUCUGAAUUCAGACGCCGUUUCGAUGUUCUUGCGCCACAUCUUACCAAAAAACACGGACGUAACUAUAUUGUUACAGAUGAAAAGCGGGCUGUCGAAGAGCUUCUGGAGUCUCUGGAUUUGGAGAAAAGUAGCUAUCACAUGGGCCUCAGUCGGGUGUUUUUCAGAGCAGGGACCCUUGUUAAAUUGGAAGAACAAAGGGAUGAACAGACCAGAAGGAACAUCACACUCUUCCAGGCAGCUUGCAGAGGAUACCUGGCACGGCAGCAUUUCAAGAAGAGAAAGAUUCAAGAUCUAGCAAUCCGUUGUAUCCAGAAAAACAUUAAAAAGAACAAAGGAGUCAAGAACUGGCCAUGGUGGAAAGUGUUCACGACAGUUCGGCCAUUAAUUGAGGUUCAGUUGACAGAAGAACAAAUAAGAGGCAAAGACGAGGAGAUUCAGCAGCUACGCAGCAAAGUAGAGCGUGUUGAAAAGGAACGCAAUGAGUUGCGGCUCACAGGCGAUCGGCUGGAAAGCAGGCUGGGAGAACUAACAUCUGAAUUAACAGAUGAGAGAAACACUGGUGAAUCAACGUCACAACUUCUGGAGACUGAAUCAGCAGACAGACUUCGCUUAGAGAAAGAAAUGAAAGAGUUACAGGCUAAAUGUGAUGGAAUGAAGAAACAAAUGGAUUCAAUGGAAAUGGAAGUGAUGGAAGCUCGACUCAUCAACGCAGCGGAAUUAAACGGAGAGCUUGACGAUGACGAGUCGGGUGGGGAGUGGAGGAUGAAGUACGAGCGUGCUGCCAGAGAGAUAGACUUCACCAAGAAACGGAUGCAUCAGGAGUUUGAAGACAAGCUGGAGGUUGAAUUACAGACCAAGAGGCAAAUGGAGCGAAGAGUUGCAGAUUUGCAAGCUGAUAAUGAGGAAAUGCAACGCAGCAUUCAACAGUUGAAGAAGAAAUCCCAGCGACUUACAGCAGAGUUGCAGGACACCAAGCUUCACCUGGAAGGACAACAAGGACGCAACCAUGAAUUGGAAAAGAAACAACGAAAGUUCGACAGCGAGUUAUUGCAAGCACAAGAUGAAUCUCAGAGAGAAAAGAUUCAUAAAGAGAAACUGAGCAGAGAAAGAGAUGGUUUUAUAGCAGAGAUAUUCAGUCUGAAGCAACAGCUGGAUGAUAAAGAUUCGGAGAUUGUCACCGUAAGCCAGAGGGCGGAGCGGCUGGACGUGGAGCUGCAGGAUCUGUCUUCUCAAGAAUCCAAGGACGAGGCUUCGCUUGCUAAGGUGAAGAAGCAGGUUCGUGAGUUGGAGGCCAAGGUUAAGGACCAGGAGGAGGAGCUGGAUGAACAAGCUGGGACUAUCCAAAUGCUGGAACAGGCCAAACUUCGACUGGAAAUGGAAAUGGAGAGGUACAGACAAACUCAAGCCAAGGAAAUUGAGAACAAAGAAGAGGAAGUGGAAGAAAUUAGGCAGUCUUGCCAGAAGAAGUUAAAACAAUUUGAGCUGCAAUUAGAAGAAGAGUAUGAUGAUAAGCAGAAAAUCCUGAGAGAGAAAAGAGAUCUGGAGAACAAACUGUCUGUAGUCAGUGAAAAGGUCAGUGAAAGGGAUUUUGAAACUGAAAAACGGCUUCGCAAGGAUCUUCGACGGACAAAGGCUCUUCUAGCUGAUGCCCAAAUAAUGCUGGACCACUUCAAAAACAAUGCACCCAGCAAACGGGAGAUCGCACAGUUGAAAAACCAGCUUGAAGAGUCAGAGUUCACGUGUGCGGCCGCUGUCAAAGCUCGGAAAUCAAUGGAGGUUGAAAUGGAGGAUCUGCACCUUCAGAUUGAAGAUAUCUCCAAGGCCAAAGUUGCACUGGAAGAGCAGCUGAGUCGCAUCCAACGUGAAAAGAAUGACUUGCAGAGCCGUCUUGAGGAAGACCAGGAGGACAUGAAUGAACUCAUGAAGAAACACAAAGCGGUCGUGGCUCAGUCAUCCAGGGACCUUGGGCAGAUUAAUGAACUACAGUCACAACUGGAUGAAGCUUACAAAGAGAAACAAGAGCUGCAAGAAAAGUUACAAGGAUUGCAGAGUCAACUGGACUUUGCAGAACAAUCCAUGGUGGAUAAGUCGUUGGUGAGCAGACAAGAAGCCAAAAUUCGUGAACUGGAAACCAAACUGGAAUUUGAGAAGACCCAGGUCAAACGUUUCGAGAGCCUAGUUAGUCGUCUCAAGGAAAACCUGGAAAAACUGUCAGAGGAGAGAGAUCAGAGAUCGGCGGCUGAGAACCGUGAGAAGGAGCAAAACAAGCGCUUGCAACGGCAGCUGAGGGACGUAAAGGAGGAAAUGGGGGAGCUCACCAAGAAGGAAGCAGAGGCCAGCCGCAAAAAGCACGAAUUAGAAAUGGAUAUCGAAAGUCUUGAAGCUGCAAAUCAGAGUCUACAGUCUGACCUCAAACUCGCUUUUAAACGAAUUGGAGAUCUACAAGCAGCAAUUGAGGAUGAAAUGGAAAGUGAUGAAAAUGAUGACCUUAUUAACAGUGAAUGUGAUUCAGACACAGACUCUGAAGUUGAAAAGCGUGUGGAUGGUGUCAAAUCCUGGCUAUCAAAGAGCAAGGGCUCGGAUGAUGGAAGCCUAAAGAGCUCAAGAUUUUCUGUUAGCUUAGACUUGAAAGAGGGGAAGGAAGGGAAGGAAUUAAAGGAAGGGAAAGAAGUGCAGGACUUUAGACCUGCGUCGGUGAUGAGUUCCCUCAGCUAUCGUAAACGGGGGAACAUGAAGGAUUCUCUCGGUGGCAAGAGCAACACUGACUCUCUCCUGUCAACGCUGAGUAAGGAGCGGUCCUUGUCACCGGAGAGAUCGUUUCGAAAGCCAAAGAAAACCACCAGUGCCGACAACUUGAACGACACCACCAGUUCACGGAAAAGAUUCCAGGCAGCAGACGAGCUGGACGAUGGAGGGUCUGUUAUUUCUCAGGCGUAUUCGGAGGCCACGAGUCGAGCAAGGAAGGGGCUGGACAGGAGAUGGGCCUUGGCCAGUCCUGACUUUGACAAAGCUUCCACCGUGUCGGUUCCCAUCAGCCGAGCUUCCGCAAGGCGAGCUCUGGAAGCCGACGACGAUGCGAAAUCCUCGGUGAGCUUUGCCCUAACCAGCCCCACAGCCGGCGUGAGGAGAAGCCUCUCUCGGCUCGACGACAACCGCGCUGACACGUUCAGUCCAACCAGCCCCUUGCUCAGCCGUCGAUUAGAGUUGGGCCUACAGAGCCCCACCCUCAGCCGCACGGACACAAGACUGUCCAUUUCGAGGAGUAGAUUGGGUGAAUUGGAAGACGACGAUGCCGCUGUGAGCGUGGCGCUGAGCGAUCGGUCGUUCUCCAGUCAACACUCUGGCGGGAGAAGUUUCAGUGUUCCUCCAAGACUGCGCUCAUCUGUCUCGGACGAAGCCCUCCCUGACGGCACGGACAUCAAGCCUGUCGGUCACAGGAACUACCUGGAUCCAGAUUUAGAGGCUGCCAUUAAAGAAGUUCUGGAUUACAAACCAAUCACGUUCAAAAGAAAAAGCCUGGACCCAGACGAGGAGGACGAUGGAGAAACAAGCAAACAACUGAGCAGUCUUCGCAGAUCGUCCUCCUCAGUGGACGUAAGUAAGAAGAACAAAGGCAAGAAGCGCAGGAGUUCCGAUUCCGAAUCUUCCACGUCGGGGGAGGAGGAGCAGCGAAAGAAAGGCUCCAGGAAACGCUCAAAAAAGUCCAAGAAGAAAUCCAAAAAGAAGGAGAGCGACUCGGACUCGUCGGAGUCCUCCAGCUCCUCCUCUUCCGGCUCCACCGUCUCGUAUCGAAGCAUCAACAGCGUCAAACGAGGCACAAAGAAGAGAGAACCUCACUCACCGGAUGACGGCGGUAAAGAAGACAAGGCGGACGGAAAUUCCGGGGGGAAGAAAACGAAGAAGACCGAUAAGAAGAGGAUGAAGCAAGUGGACAGUGUGAUGAUGAAGUACUUGUACCGGCCAGAGAGCGACGAGUGAACCCUCCCCUGUACCGCCAGCACAUCACGGUCGUGGACUCUGAGGAUGAUGCGGACGGCACGGAAGACAAUCUCAAAUCCAGGUUGACAACAAGACGACUGCUGAGCAACAGUGAUAUUG